AUGGGGGCUACGAGGCCGCGCGCGCUGCUCCUGCUGCUGGCGGCCGCCCUGGCUCCGACCCAGACCCGUGCGGGUGAGUGGAGAGUCGGGAGGAAAACGUCCUCUGCGGGGAGGGGCGGGGGUGGCACCGUGGAAGCCGCGUCCCCGCGUCCCCGCGUCCCCGCGUCACCCACCGGACCCUCCGCCCCUUCUCCAUCCGCGUCCCGAGCCCCAUGCCUUGCUUCAGCCGGAGCACCCACCCGGGGUCCCGGGAGUAGGUCGGGGUCUCACCGCGCGCCGCCCCCAGGCUCACACUCGCUACGGUAUUUCUUCACCGCCGUGUACCGGCCCGGCUUCGGGAAGCCCCGGUACAUGGAAGUCGGCUACGUGGACGACACGGAGUUCGUGCGCUUUGACAGCGACGCGGAGAAUCCGAGUUACGAGCCGCGCGCGCCGUGGGUAGACCAGGAAGGGCCGGAGUAUUGGGAGCAGCAGACACAGAUCGCCAAGAACACAGAGCAGUGGUUCCGAGAUAGCCUGAGGACGCUGCUCGGCUACUACAAUCAGAGCGAGGGCGGCUCUCACUCCUUCCAGUGGAUGCAAGGCUGUGAUGUGGGGUCGGAUGGGAGCCUCCUCCGCGGGUAUGAGCAGUACGCCUACGACGGCCGCGAUUACAUCGCCCUGAAUGAAGACUUGAAAACGUGGACAGCGGCGGACAUGGCGGCACAGAUAACACGACGCAAGUGCGAGCAGAAUGGUGAUGCAGAGAGACAAAGGGCCUACCUGGAGGGCGAGUGCGUGGAGUCGCUCCGCACACUCCUGGAGCGCGGGAAGGAGACGCUGCUGCGCACAGAUCCCCCAAAGGCACAUGUGACCCAUCAUCCCAGAUCUGAAGGUGAUGUCACCCUGAGGUGCUGGGCCCUGGGCUUCUACCCUGCUGACAUCACCCUGACCUGGCAGUUGAAUGGGGAGGACCUGACCCAGGACAUGGAGCUUGUGGAGACCAGGCCUUCAGGGGAUGGAACCUUCCAGAAGUGGGCAUCUGUGGUGGUGCCUCUUGGGAAGGAGCAGAAUUACACAUGCCAUGUGCAACAUGAGGGGCUGCCUGAGCCCCUUACCCUGAGAUGGGAGCCUCCCCCAUCCACUGACUCUAACAUGGUGAUCAUUGCUGUUCUGGUUGUCAUUGGAGCUGUGGCCAUCAUUGGAGCUGUGGUGGCUUUUGUGAUGAAGAGGAGAAAAAAACAGAGGUAUGAAAGCACAGGAUCUGAGUUUUCUCUCAGUCUCUUUUAUAAGUGUGCUCUGCUCAUUAACAAGAAACACAUCCAUACCCCCUGUAUUGCUGCUGUCUCCAACUGGGUCUGCUGUCAGUUCUGGAAACUUUCUAGUGUCAAAAUGUUCUUUGAACUCUCACAGCUUUUCUUCUCACAGGUGGAAAAGGAGGAGACUAUGCUCCAGCUCCAGGUUAGUGUGGGGGGCAGGAUUGUCCUGAGGCCAUUGGAGUGA